GUCAGGUUCGAGCCACACCCCCAUAAACAAAAUCAAGAUGGCUCUGUUUGGGUUUGUCAGAAGGUCAUCUACUCUUCUUGGACGCUGUCUCCCCUCAAGACUCCCUAUUUCUCAUGUGAGGGCGCUCAGCUUUGUCCCUGUAGACGACCUGAUCAGUGGCUUGACAGAGGAACAGAUACAAUUCCGAGACACCAUUCGCAAGUUCUGUGAUGCAGAGUUAGCUCCGCAUGCCGACCGGAUUGACCAGGAGAACGGGUUUGACCAGUUCAGGGAGUUUUGGCGGAAGCUGGGAGAUCUGGGCAUGCUCGGAAUCACUGCACCAGAGCAGUACGGGGGCUCGGGUCUCGGCUACUUGGAGAACAUAUUAGCAAUAGAGGAGGUUACCCGAGCCAGCGGGGCCAUUGGACUCAGUUACGGUGAUCACUCCAAUCUCUGCAUCAACCAGAUUGUGAGAAACGGCAACGAAGAGCAAAAAACCAAGUACUUGCCUAAGCUGAUCAGUGGGGAGUGGGUGGGUGCCUUGGCAAUGAGUGAGCACUCGUCUGGCUCUGACGUAGUCUCCAUGAAACUGAGGGCAGAGAAGGACGGCGAUGGCUACUUACUAAAUGGCAGCAAGUUCUGGAUCACCAACGGGCCUGAGUCCGAUUUAGUUAUUGUGUAUGCCAAGACAGAACCUGAAGCCAAUGAGAAGGGUAUCACUGCUUUCCUUGUGGAGAAGGCGUGGGAAGGGUUCACAACGGGCCCGAAACUGGACAAGUUGGGCAUGAGGGGUUCCAGCACCAGCGAGCUGAUCUUCGACAAUGUUCGGGUACCAGCUAAGAACGUACUUGGUGAGGUGAACAGAGGAGUGUACGUGCUCAUGAGUGGGUUGGACUUUGAGAGGCUGAUUCUAGCGGCUGGCCCCGUGGGGAUCAUGCAGGCGUGUGUGGACACUGCAUUCCCUUACCUUCAUCAGAGGGAACAGUUCGGCGAAAAAAUUGGACACUUUCAGUUGAUGCAAGGCAAGAUGGCAGACAUGUACACACGUCUCUCAGCUUGUCGCUCCUACGUUUACUCUGUGGCCAGAGCAUGUGACAGGGGACACGCCGACCCCUCCAAAGACUGUGCAGGUGUGAUCCUGUAUACUGCUGAGGCUGCCACUCAAGUAGCCCUUGACGCAAUUCAAUGUCUCGGGGGGAACGGAUACAUAAACGAAUACCCCACGGGAAGGUUCCUAAGAGACGCUAAGCUCUACGAGAUUGGUGCAGGUACGAGUGAGAUUAGAAGGAUUGUGCUCGGGAGAGCAUUCAACAAGAUGUUUAAACACUAGCUGAAUUAAAUGUUUUUAAUUGUGUAAUUGUGUCCAAAAAGUUUACAGCUUUAGGACAGUGAUUGUGUAAUUUUGUAACCCACACUUUAUAAUUUGUUCGUGGUGAUGCUAAUAAUUAUUUGCAAGAUA